GCAGCCAGCUGGGUGAGCAAAAUGGCUGGACGGAGCACAGGUUAUGCUCUUCGGGCGCUGCUGCUGCCGCCUACCCGGGCCGCGCCGCUCACGCCCCGGGGACCGGCCGCCUCCUACGGUACUGCAAUAACGUCUGGCAAAAUCCAAGUGAACGGAGUCCACCUUCAUUAUCAGAAGACAGGAGAGGGAAGCCAUGCCAUUCUUUUGCUUCCUGGAAUGCUAGGGAGUGGUCAAACUGAUUUUGGACCACAGCUUAAGUCCAUGAAUAAGCAACUUUUCACAAUUGUUGCUUGGGAUCCUCGGGGAUAUGGACAGUCUAUUCCUCCACCUCGAGAUUUUCCUCCAGAUUUCUUUGAGAGGGAUGCAAAAGAUGCUGUGGAUCUUAUGCAGGCACUUAAAUUUAAGAAGUUCUCCUUGCUGGGAUGGAGUGAUGGUGGAAUUACAGCACUCAUUGCAGCCGCAAAGUAUCCAACUCUUAUCCACAAGUUGGUUGUCUGGGGAGCAAAUGCCAGCGUUACUCAAGAGGAUGUGAGAAUUUAUAAUGGCAUCCGAGAUGUUUCAAAAUGGAGUGAAAAGGUCAAGAAGCCACUGGAAGAGAUGUAUGGACAUAAGUACUUUGCAAAAACUUGUGAGGCUUGGGUAGAUGGAAUAUCUCACUUUGCUGAAAAAUCAGAUGGUAGUAUCUGCCAAGAGUUGCUGCCAGAUAUUAAAUGUCCCACAUUUAUAAUUCAUGGAGAGAAAGACCCUUUGGUUCCACAAGCUCACGCAGAAUACAUUCAUAAGAACAUCAAAGGCUCUUGGUUGCUUCUGAUGCCAGAAGGGAAGCAUAAUCUACACCUGCGUUUUGCAGAGGACUUCAACAGACAAGUGGAAGCUUUCCUACAGACUUAAACCAUGAAACAAGUUAGAGAAACUUCAGCUGCUGCUGUGAAACAGCACAAGCAUGGACUGGCUCAAGCUUUGCAACAGGAGGAAAUAAAUACAUGUGGCGUUAUUACACAUGGCUUUUGCAAUCACAAAAUAUCCAGAAUUGUGCUGGCGUUGGAAUCUUUUCACCAAAUUCUUUUGAAGUUUCUAUUCUUUAUAUCAUGGCUGUAAUCAGUAUUUCCCUUUGACACAUUUCUGCAAUAUUUCAUCAGAAGCAACCUUUGUUAGUACUCACACAACUUAUGCUUGUGCAUUUCUACUUGGUGUAGGCAUGACCCAUCCUUUUGGGCAGCAGUAGACAGUCAUAUCUUCUCACUACUGGUCAAACUGCAGCACAACUGCACCUCUGGCAGUUCUGUGAGAUCCACACAGGCAUUAAAGAGUUUUUUGUGUUCCAAAGUGUUCCCAGCAAUCUACAAAGGACCAUUCUGAUUCCCUUCCUGAAAGUGCCUGGGCACUCCGUGGGAUGUCCGACUCCCACGCGCACACAGUGGCCUCCUAGGACUUUAUAAUUAUUCCACCAAGAAUUCUGAGCAUGUAUUAGGAAACUAAUUUUUAGAUGCUAUAGCACUGGUUUCUUUGUAGAUCCCCACUGUUUUUCAGGGGGAUGUAGUCCCAGGUUUUAUAACUAAGUAUCUAAAGGGAGGUACAUAUUUAUGUAAGUUCCCCAUCAACCGUAUUGCUGAACAUCCAUGAACACGGCAAAGCAAAUUAAAUAUUGAUUACCUGAAUGUCAAUUCAGAACGCUCCAUUUUGGCAAACACUUCAACAAAUCUUAGCUGUCAAUGCCAUUUAAAUAGAUAUGGGGGUUCCCUAUUGUAUUUUUUAAUACGGCUCCAUUAAUUCUGAGUGCUUACACUGGAAACUGAGUGAGUGCAAAUGAAAGUCAAAACUCUCCCCAUUCGUACAAAGGCAGUGCAUGUGCCCAAGAAAAGCCUCCAGCCUCUCGGCAGCUGAAACUCUGCCGGCAGAGCCACAGCCUGCUCCUUGUCUGCAUCCAAGCCGACCUGCCCAGUUUCCAAGGCAACAGCGGAACCCAGGCGAUGGAUGCACAAGGGAGGCAACAGGGACCCCGCAACAUUUUCACGUCUGUCUGUAAUUUCCCAUUGUUUGAAAAAGAAUCACAAAUGUACAAAUAUGAAAGCUGCUCAAGCAUACAAAAUGUCUGCCUGUGGCUCUAUUCUCAUUCCUUUGUGAUGGAUGACAUCAUGUAUUGCUCAGGCAUGUUCAUCAGAGGCUACAUGACUUUCUGAAUCUCUCUGUUGGCGCUCGAGUGAGCAGGCUCUGGUCAUUAGCUUACUGUUUUCCUUCUACCUGGUAACUAUAAUGAUCUUACCUGAUGAGGACGGUCUGAGGUCACCUUAGGAACCUGAUGCUUAAUCACUUGCAGUGUGCAUUAAGAUAGAAUAAUAUUUCUGCCAGCGAGAGGGUGGAAUAAUUGUGAAGCUAUUUUUAAUACCAAAAAGGAAAAUCUAUUUUCAUUUCAGAAUUACAGCCCACUGCAGGCACUAAAAGCAAUUAAAUACUACAACACUGAGCAUACUACUAUGAAUGAGCAAAAGCAGUUUCAUUAUAGAAUCCUCUGUGCUUGUGUUUAUUGUACCUGAGGGGUUUGUGUGUUCAGUCAAGAACAAAAGAGGAAACAAAACAUCAUGUUACAGAACAAUUUAGGGCACUGUCAAUUUAAAAUGACCCAUAUUACUUUUGAGGGAAGUCCUGUUUCUUCAUAAACCUAGUAUUUCUUCCACACCUGAUGGUUUUGCUCGUGAACUUAGAUUGUAACCUCAAAGAGUAAGGAAUUUCUGUGGACGUGGCUGUACAGGACACAGCAAACAGAACCCCACUUGUCUGACUUCCAAAGCUACAAAAAUAAACAUGAUCACACAUCACAGAAAUGACUCCAGAAAGGGAAUAAAAUAUGUUGAUCAUCACCAGGCAGCAAUUUGCUGAGAAGAAAGGCAAAACAGUGCAGCCUCUCAUUAUUUCCGCUUGGCACACCAGAUGUGAUCGGUAACAGCCAGAUGGCUCCUGUCCCCACCCAGGCUGCAUCUACCUUUUAAGAUUGCUCAGU